CCACAGAGGCUGUGAUGCGGCUCGUGCACGCGCGCGGCGCGGAAACCCGGAUCCUGGUCGCGCGGACAGUCAGCCACGUCACCGAUCAGCGGCGCGAGCGCACAGUCCAGCACAGACCAUCAGAGAGACUUUGCAGUAAAUUACCACGAAUUCUAUUGCGCAUAUCUAAUAAAUUACUAAGAGAUUUAUGCUUGCAACCGGAUGACGCGCACGCACUGAGCAGCAGAAAGAAAGAGUUUUUAUUUCAGCGGAGCGAACAUCUGAUCUGAAAACAGCUGCAAAACUCUUUAAAUCCAGCGCUGAUUACUGAUCGAUAACAUGAAUAUCUUCCGACUGUCUGGAGAUGUUUGUCAUCUGGUCGCCAUCAUUAUUCUGUUCCUGAAGAUCUGGAGAUCCAAAUCAUGCGCAGGUAUUUCUGGGAAGUCUCAGAUGCUGUUUGCGCUGGUCUUCACCACCAGAUAUCUGGACCUGUUCACAUCCUUCAUCUCCAUCUACAACACCGUCAUGAAGGUGGUGUAUCUGGUCCUGGCAUACGCCACCAUCAGCCUCAUCUACUUCCGCUUCAGGAACUCGUACAACUCUGAGAGCGACUCGUUCCGUGUGGAGUUCCUGCUGGUGCCGGUGGCCGGUCUGUCGUUCCUGGAGAACUACGCCUUCACGCCGCUGGAGAUACUGUGGACGUUCUCCAUCUAUCUGGAGUCGGUGGCCAUCCUGCCGCAGCUCUUCAUGAUCACUAAAACGGGUGAGGCUGAGUCCAUCACCACACACUACCUGUUCUUCUUGGGCCUGUACCGCGCGCUGUACCUCGCUAACUGGGUGUGGCGCUAUCACGUGGAGGGAUUCUUCGACCAGAUCGCCGUGGUGUCCGGCGUCGUCCAGACCAUCUUCUACUGCGAUUUCUUCUAUCUGUACUUCACCAGAGUGCUGAAAGGAAGUGGAAAGAUGUCUUUGCCGAUGCCGGUGUGAGUUGUUGGAUCAGGCCCGCCCCUUCAUUAGGCCACACCCAGUCAUAACAUUAUCACCAGCCACCGCUGUAGUUCUUGUGUUUGAGAUGCAUGUGUGGCUGGUGUAAUCGUGCCUUAAAGUGAUCAGAUCUGCUGGACGUGUCUCGUCUUUGAUGCCUUAAUGUGUUUCUGUUCAUAAAGACAAUGUGUGUGUGUGUGUGUGUGUGUUUAUAUAUGUGUGUAUGUGUGAGAAACACUCUACAUUCUGUAGUUCAUAGUUUGCUUUUCUCGUUUAUUCUCAUAGUCUUGUUUUUUUUUUCUGUAGUACAUCAUUUUGUUUAUGACCAACUAUAAAUUUUUUUUUCAUUCUGUAAAGGGACGUUUGAUUUGGAUCUUUGAGUGUUUUUGUGCCAAUAUACCAGAGAAAAUCAUGAAUGUUUGUAUAAACCACAUUUCAGUCUGAGAAUGACAUUUAACAGAUGUCUGGCAAUAGCAUAAUGAUUUUUUUAUUAAAGAUUGGCAGUUUAUCUGCCCUGGUUUUUAUAAAGCAUGCCAAUAAAGAGUUUCUGUCUCUGCAAAUGAGCGCAGA